AUGGACAUGGCCUCCUCAGAGAACUCAAAUUGGCUAUUUGACUAUGCCCUAAUGGAAGAUAUCGCAGUUCUCGGUGGUGAAUUUCCCGGUGCUCCCACCGCUUUCAUCUGGCCUCCGCAACCCCUCAGCACUUCCCCUAAUGCAAGGUGGGGUCUAAAUUUUGUUGACAUUUUUGUCGUGCUAUUCAGUGUGGAAGUUGAAUGCUCAUAUUCAGACAGCCUCAAGGAAGUCAAGUCUCGGAAACGUGUGGAAGUUGACUGCCCAUCCGGAGAUUCUGAUAGCAUUAAAGAAGUUGGCUCCCGCAAAAGGCCGAGAUCUGAUCAAUCAAGUGGUGCAUCUUGCUCGAAAGCAUGCCGAGAGAAAUUGCGAAGGGAUAGACUGAAUGAGAGGUUUCUGGAAUUGGUUGCUGUGAUGGAACCUGGAAGGCUUCCCAAAACAGACAAGGCUGCCAUUUUGAGUGAUGCUGCUCGGAUACUAACACAGUUACGAAGUGAAUCGCGCCAUCUGAAAGAAACAAUUGACGAUUUGCACGAAAAGAUUAAAGAAUUGAAGGCAGAGAAGAAUGAACUUCGCGAAGAGAGGCAGAGGCUGAGGGAAGAUAAAGAGAGAUUGGAGCAGCAAGUCAAGGCCAUGGCGGCCCAAACUAGCUUCCUUCCUCAUUCCCCUGCAAUCUCCUCUGCGCUUACCGUGCAAGGACAAUCUACAAACAAGCUAAUGCCUUUCAUCAGUUACCCCGGCGGUGUCACCAUGUGGCAAAUGAUGCCCCAAACUCCACUCGACACUUCACAGGAUCACAUUCGACACCCUCCCGUGGCGUAACAAUGUGCAAAAUUCCUGACAUGAAAAUGGAAAAAAAAAAAUUGUGGCAACCAUCUCUCUAUUCAACUUGUCUCUUGAUUUGGUUGAUUAUUAUAAUAUCUUUCUGUUAGCUUUUUCAAAUGUGUCUACGAAGUAGUUGAUGAAGCAAGAUGUUUAAAAUUGAGUAGCCAGCUGUACUUAGGCACGAAUAUGUAGCCAAAAUUUUUUUGGUUAAUUAUAUGCUCACUAUAUAUGUAUGCAUUUUCAAAUGACUUCUUUUGAUCCCAUUCAAUAUUGUCAGCACGAUUAGAUUUGU